AUGGACAGGAGUUCUGGCCCUAGCGGCGACGGAUCGUCGUUGCCGUCGCCGUCGCCGUCUCCGACGGCCGCGUCGACGGCGUCGGCGCUGGUGCUCUCGAAUUCGGGAAAGAAGAUCGAGCAGUCGGGGAAGAAGAAGUACGUGAAGCAGGUGACGGGGCGGCACAACGACACCAAUAUGCAUCUGGCGGCGCAGCGCGGGGAUCUCGCGGCGGUGCGGCAGAUUCUGAGCGGCAUCGAUGCGCAGAUGGUCGGGACGGCCGAAGGGGAGGAGUUCGACGCCAUGGUGGCGGAGAUCAGGGCAGCCGUCGUCAGCGAGGUCAACGAGCGGGGAGAGACGGCCUUGAUGAUCGCCGCGGAGAAGGGUUACCUCGAUGCGGUGGAGGAGCUGCUCAAGGACGCAGACAGGGACAGUGUUGCCAGGAGGAGCAUCUCAGGUUUCGACGCUCUGCAUGUCGCAGCAAAAGAAGGUCACCAAGGUUGGCGAAUAAUCCUCUCUCGCUUCCGCUUUCUCAAUCUGGCCUCUCUGCAAUUCCUCUGAACCCAAAGAACAUCUCCAUCUCCAUCUCCAUCUCCAUCUCCGUCUGCAUCUCUGGCUCUCAUCCUCCUCGAGGAAGAAGACGACGAUCCCAGGAACCCUUGGCCGCCAUUUCCUUACUAGCUUGCUGCAGCUGUCGUGCAGUUGCUCCUGAACUACGACCCGAACUUGAGCAAGACGGUGGGCCCCUCGAACGUCACCCCGCUCAUGAGCGCCGCCAGGAACGGCCACCUGCCCGUCGUAGAGGAGCUGCUGUCGAGGGACCCGGGGCUUCUGGAGCUCACCAUGGUCAAGGGCAAGAAUGCUCUGCACUUGGCCGCCAGAUACCCGCACGCAGAGGUGGUGCAGGCGCUGCUCAGCAGGGAUCCCCAGCUCGCUCGGAGGACCGACAGUAAGGGCCAGACGCCGCUCCACAUGGCCGCCAAAGGGGAGAGCACCGAGGUGGUCAACCUCCUGCUCGCCGUCGCCCCGGAGACGGCGACCCAGGAAGAUAAAUUCAGAAAUACCGCCCUCCACAUCGCUACGAGGAAGAAGCGCGUGGAGGUACGAAACGUCCCUUUGACUGCAUGAAGUCGAGCAACCGAUGUCUUCUCCGUCUGACUCUGUUCUUCUUGGAUGCCACUAGAUAGUGAAAGAACUGCUGCGGGUGGUGACCGAUGGCGGCGGCGUCAACGCCCUGAACAGAGAGGGGAAGACGGCGAUGGACGUGGCGGAUGGGCUGCCGGCGUCGGAGGCGGCGCUGGAGAUCAAGGAAUUGCUGGCCGGUUGCGGGGGGCUGAGGGCGGCGGAGCUGAACAAGCCGGCGGCGGGAAGGGACGAGCUGAGGAAGACGGUGACGGAGAUAAAGAAUGACGUGCACACGCAGCUGGAGCAGACCCGGAAGACGAACAAGAACGUCAGCGGGAUCGCCAAGGAGCUGCGGAAGCUCCACCGGGAGGGGAUCAACAACGCCACCAACUCCGUCACCGUGGUGGCGGUGCUCUUUGCGACGGUGGCCUUCGCCGCCGUGUUCACCGUACCCGGGGGGAACACCAACAAGGGGGUGGCGGUGGCGGCGGGAUAUACCUCCUUCAAGAUCUUCUUUGUCUUCAACGCGCUGGCCCUGUUCACCUCCCUGGCGGUGGUGGUGGUGCAGAUCACCCUGGUGAGGGGGGAGACCACGUCGGAGCGGAGGGUGGUGGAGGUGAUCAACAAGCUCAUGUGGCUUGCCGCCGUGUGCACCUCCGUGGCCUUCAUCGCCUCCUCAUACAUCGUGGUGGGGCGGAGCUUCCCAUGGGCCGCCGUGCUGGUGACCUCCAUCGGCGCCGCCAUCAUGGGCGGCGUGUUGGGGAUGAUGACCUUCUACGUGAUCAAGUCAAAGAGAAGCCGCUCCUUCCGGAAGAAGGUCAGAAGGGGUUCCAUCUCCCGUAAUCACCGCCACCCGGACCACUCCGACUCCGACCACGACGCCUUCUACGCCAUCUAA